AAGAAAUAGAAAUUUUUAUGAUUUUACCUGAUUUUAAUAUUAUUUAAAUAUUUUAGCACACUAAAACAAAUUUUUGCAAAUUUCAGAAGAAAUAAUGGAAAUCAAGGCUAUCAUUGAAGGCACAUGCACCACGAAAUGUCCUCAAAGCGAAAUAGAUAUGAGACAGAGAGAGGGUUUAUUACAUCCAUUUGAAAUGGAAGAACACAAUCGUAGACAAAAACGGCCGAGAUGUGUUUUGGCUAAAAUGGUGAAGGAAUAUAAAAGACCAGCUGCAGGUCAAGAAGAAGCAGAUCCUGCAACACUCAGAACAGUACCAGUUUUACAUGAAACUAUUAACUAUCUUUACACAUGUAUUGUAGGACAGUCUAAUAUUGCCUGGAGUAAUAUUUAUGAUUAUGUAUUUGAUCGAUUGAGAGCAGUAAGACAAGAUAUGGUAAUACAGAAUAUCCAGGGUUUAGAAGCAAUAAGUUUAUUAGAAAAGAUAGUUAGAUUUUAUAUAUUUAUGGUCUAUAGAAUGGGAACAAAGAUAACACCUACCUUUGACCCCACAAUAAAUAAUCAACACACACAGGAAUGUUUAAAGAGACUGCUCUCCCUAUAUGACAAAGUAGAAGGUCAACAUGAAAAUCAAAUAGAAUUCGAGUGCAUGUAUUUAAUGUUUAAUCUAGGAGAUGCUGCAGCUUUAACUCAUUACUUGGAACUUCCAAAUAAAAUCAGGUAA